GAGUCGCGGGCCUGCUUUGCUCGCAUCCGGACGUCCGUCCCUGCGUGCCCAUCGCUGGCCCUGCCUUGCUCCUCUGCUGCCGAUUUGACUUUUCUCGCCCUCGCUCGUUGCCCUCGCUCCACUCUCGCCUCGUCCGUUUGCGCCAUCGACGCUCGUUCGCGACAAGGAUCGAGCCCCGUCGAUCCGCGCAGCAGCAGCAAACUUCAUCAGCAAACAGAGGUCGAGGUCGAGGUCGAGCUCGAGUAAGCCGAGGGGCAGGGGCAGGGGCGCGGGGAGUGGGAUACCAAUGGAGAAGGAGGCGAAGAUCUACGUGGCCGGGCACCGGGGCCUGGUGGGGGCGGCCAUCGUGCGCGCGCUGCAGCGCCAGGGGUACGAGAACCUGGUGCUGCGAACGCACAAGGAGCUGGACCUGACGAGGCAGGCGGAGGUGGAGAAGUUCUUCGAGGACGAGAGGCCGGCGUACGCCAUCGUGGCAGCGGCCAAGGUGGGCGGAAUCCACGCCAACAACACGUACCCGGCGGAUUUCAUCGGCGUGAAUCUGCAGAUUCAGACCAAUGUGAUCGACGCGGCGUACAAGAGCGGCGUGCGCAAGCUGCUCUUCCUCGGCUCGUCCUGCAUCUACCCGAAGGAGGCGCCGCAGCCGAUCCAGGAGGAGUCGCUGCUGACGGGGCCGCUCGAGCCCACGAACGAGUGGUACGCCGUGGCCAAGAUCGCCGGCAUCAAGAUGUGCCAGGCCUACCGCCUGCAGUACCACUGGGAUGCCAUCAGCGGCAUGCCCACCAACAUGUACGGGCCGCACGACAAUUUCCACCCGGAGAAUUCGCAUGUGCUCCCGGCUCUGAUCCGGCGCUUCCACGAGGCCAAGAAGAGCAACGCGCCCGAGGUCGUCGUCUGGGGCACCGGCUCGCCCUUCCGCGAGUUCUUGCACGCGGACGACCUCGCGGACGCCACGCUCUUCUUGAUGGAGAAUUACAGCGACGUGCCGCACAUCAACAUCGGCAGCGGCCACGAGAUCACCAUCAAGCAGCUCGCGGAGAUGGUGAAGGAGGUCGUCGGGUUCCAGGGCGAGCUCAAGUGGGAUCCGUCCAAGCCCGACGGCACGCCCCGCAAGCUCAUGGACAGCUCGAAAUUGGCCAGUCUCGGCUGGGAGCCCAAGAUCCCGUUCAAACAGGGACUGACAGAAACUUACAAGUGGUACGUAGAAAACUACGAUGCCUAGAGCCGCGCGGACGGUCCCCCAUGUCGCCACUCUAUCCGCAAUCAUUGAUUGAUUGAUUGAUUGAUUGAUUGAUUAUAUACAAAUUGAUGCACAAUUGCGUGCGUUUUUACAAACUAGGAUUCGGUCAGUUUUAGGCAGCAGCGCAGAUAAGGACGAAGUAGGUUUUUGAUAGACGGGCUCGAGUGCUCCAUAGCCGGAGAUUAGCAGCAGCAUUGCCAUAACAUUCUUGCGGAACCCCCACCCCUGCCUUGGACAGGGGAUCGCCCUGCAACCCAAGUCUUGGACUUUCUUCCAACUCAUUAUUAAAGAUUAGCCCCAAUUUUUUGCCGCGG